AUGUACGUGAACGAAUUUAUACGACUGGAAGGAAGAGGUCAGGGCGCACACACGCAAUGUAAGUGUGGUAGCCAGGAUGCGAUUUUCCGCUGUCAGGAUUGUUUCUCUGUCGAACUUACAUGCCGGUCGUGUGCCAUUGGAUCACACCUCAACUCCCCGCUCCAUAGAUUCAAGGAAUGGAGAGAUGGAUUUUUCCAUCCUGUCUCUUUGAAGUCCAUGGGCCUGCGAAUACAACUGGGGCACACACCAGGCACCACCUGUCAGAAACCAAGACCCGCCUUUGGUGAUGACUUUGUAAUCAUCGAUACCCACGUCAUACACCUUGUUGGACUCAAUUUUUGCGGAUGCGAGCACGAAGUUUCGCACUUCAAACAGUUGCUUCAUGCACGCCUGUUCCCUUCCACAGUAACCAACCCAAGAACAGCAGCAACUUUUGCUGUUUUGGAGCACUUUCACAUACUCUCGUUCGAGUCCAAAAUCUCCGCAUAUGAAUUCUACCAUGGCUUAGCUCGGUGGACUGACAAUACCGGUAUAACGCCCAUUCAUGAUCGUUAUUCAGUGUUUCUCCAGAUAGUUUACCAGUGGAGAAACACCAAGGCACUCAAGCGUUCUGGCAGCGAUGGGGAUCUCGCAGUUCUAUGCCCCACGUGUCCUCAUCUGGGGAAGAACUUGCCCGAUGACUGGAAAAAUUCACCUGAGCAAUGGAAAUUUGGCCUUUUCCUAGCCAUAGAUGCCAACUUCCGGCUCAAGCGGCGAAUGGUGUCGAGCGACAUCAGAGACCCUGGUCUUAGCCGAGGGUGGGGUUAUUUUGUCGAGGAAAAGGAGUAUAAGUGUCACCUACAUGCAAACGGUGAAGUUGUUCAAGAGAAAAGCAACUGCAUUAGUCACAAUGCAGUGAACAUGGCAGACACAAAGUCUGCAAAGGGGCUUGCUGCUACGGGUGUGGGCACCGUAGACUGUGCGCGCCACGAUAUGAAGUUACCUAACGGCGUUGGCAACUUACAGAAAGGUGAAAAAUAUCUCAACAUGGAUUACCUUGUCUUCUCCGCUCUCACCAGGUUCUCUACACUCAAGACCAUCAACUACUUUGUGCCGAAAUUUCAUCUCGCUGCGCACAUCGAAACUUGCCAGACUCAAUUUUCGUUCAACUGGACUCUGGGCGUGGGACGGACUGACGGCAAAGCGCCUGAGCAAGGCUGGGCCAACAUUAAUCGUGUAGCCAGCAGUACCAAGGAGAUGGGCCCUGGGGCCCGACAUGAUACCCUCAAUGAUCAUUUUAGUGAUUGGAACUGGAAGAAAGUUACGGGCCUUGGUAAAGUUAUGCUACGAAAGAUUAAAGAAGCAGUCGUGGUUGAGAAGGAGCACCGCCUGGCUCUCUGGGAGCUUGAGGAUUCGAUCAAUGAGUCAGAUGCAGGAACCGCUUCCCUCACUGCAUGGAGGGCAGAGAUUGAAAGCUGGGAGAAGGACCACUUGCAAUGCAACCCAUUCCAGAGCAGAGUUGAAGCAAUGACCCAGGCGGCUGUGCGGCUUGAGUUAGCACAAUGGGAUGCAAAAGAAUUGGAGGAGGGCUCAGCAAUAUCCCUCCAUGCUGAAGUUACCUGCAGUGUUCUCAUUAGUACAGUUAUUUCAACUCUCUCACAUGGCGUUGCUAAGUAUACUUGUAUUUUUAGACGUUGUUUGCGUGUUGAUUCGUCCACACUUGGCCAGCACUCAACUGAUAUCCAGAAGACUAAGAUCUUGACUCGAAGAAACGCACUUCAACGUCGCCUAGACGCAUGGACUGACAUUCAAAGACUCUACAUGCCAGCGGUUCCGAACCUCCGAAUAUCUGCAAGCCUCCCGACCCAAUCCAGUGGAAAGGCAGAAGACUUCCAGUUGCUUCUGCCUUCUGAAGUCUGCAAUAUUGUGCCAUGCGACAAGACACUUCUUGAAAUGGAAUGGUCCCUGCACUUUGCCCAAGCCAACGACGCUCUGAACGACUGCUGUUCACAGAUCCGACUUCGCUGUCAGCUAUAUCAAUUCAAGGUUCAGCAUUUAUGCAGCCAAGGGCCCAAUACCCACACACGCAAAACUCUGGAUACGGUCAAGGAACGUCUUACCCUCAGCCAUGCCAAAUAUGCAAGCGCUUGUGAGGCACUCGUCUCCUUGGCUCGUCAUCUUGAUCGGAUAGAAUGGGAGCAUAAACUCCAGCCUUUGAAAAAGGCACACCUCAGACCAAUCAGGGACUUCGGUCAACAGACGCAAGGCACGACUAUAAUGUCGUGGAUUUGGUUGACUCAAGGAAUAUCUUCUGAUGACACUGAGGGAAUGCAGGAGUCGCUUUGUGUCGAGUGGUGUAAAGCCCGAGCACGUCGUAAUAGAUGGUCGGAGGAGAUCCAGCUUUUGUUAGAAGAAAUGCGAUGUACUCUUGUAUUUCUUUGGUGGCAGGGAGACUCUUGGGACUCCCGUGCAACCCUACGAACUGACGGGCAGCCAGAGGAUCAGGAAGGUUUGAUUGCCUAUGCUCGCUGUUUAGUGGCAGUGUUCACGGAAUAUUGGAAGAGAACGAGGGAGAAAAAUGCGUCAACAAAGUUGGCAAGAUGUUGA